GGCUAGAGACAAAUGUUUCUGGGGACCUCUGCUACCUGGGGGAGGAAAGCUGCCAAGUCAAAUUCUCAAAGUCUGCCCUGCGGAGGAAGUGUGCUGCCUGCAAGAUCGUGGUCCACAACGCCUGCAUGGAGCAGUUAGAGAAGAUUAAUUUUCGCUGCAAACCGACUUUCCGAGAAGGAGGCUCCAGAUCUCCGAGAGAAAACUUUGUGCGGCAUCACUGGGUGCACCGGCGGAGGCAGGAGGGCAAAUGUAAGCAGUGUGGAAAGGGCUUUCAGCAGAAAUUUUCCUUCCAUAGUAAAGAGAUUGUGGCCAUCAGUUGCUCCUGGUGCAAGCUAGCGUUUCAUAAUAAAGUCACCUGUUUCAUGCUACAUCACAUUGAGGAGCCAUGUUCCCUGGGGGCCCAUGCUGCUGUCAUUGUGCCUCCUACCUGGAUCAUUAAGGUGAAGAAACCUCAGGUGGUCUCCAUACCAGGAGACGAGCCUGAUUGGGCAGGAGACUGGAGCCCCGAAGGGGAAACGGGCGUCUCCUACCCCUAUUGGGAGGGUUGGCAGAACUCCUUAAAGACUUCAACAAGACGAAAGAAGAGAACGUCCUUUAAAAGAAAAACCAGCAAAAGAGGAAAUGAAGAUAACAAAGGCCGGCCUUUUGUGAUAAAGCCUAUCUCCUCUCCACUCAUGAAGCCACUGCUGGUUUUCGUCAAUCCAAAAAGUGGAGGGAAUCAGGGCACCAAGGUUCUCCAAAUGUUUAUGUGGUAUUUGAAUCCACGCCAGGUCUUUGAUCUCUCUCAGGAAGGGCCAAGAGAUGCGCUGGAGCUGUACAGAAAGGUGCCAAACCUGAGGAUCCUGGCAUGCGGUGGGGACGGGACGGUGGGCUGGAUCCUGUCCAUCCUCGAUGAGCUGCAACUCAGCCCCCCACCUCCUGUGGCUGUCCUUCCACUUGGCACUGGAAAUGACCUUGCCCGCACCCUCAACUGGGGUGGGGGUUACACAGAUGAGCCGGUGUCGAAGAUCCUGUGCCAUGUAGAAGAUGGGACCAUUGUCCAGCUGGACCGCUGGAAUCUUCAGGUUGAGCGCAACCCUGAUUUGCCUCAGGAUGAGCUGGAGGAUGGGGCACGUAAGCUUCCCCUCAAUGUCUUCAAUAAUUACUUCAGUCUUGGAUUUGAUGCCCAUGUUACGCUGGAGUUCCAUGAAUCCAGAGAAGCAAAUCCAGAGAAAUUCAACAGCCGAUUUAGAAAUAAAAUGUUUUAUGCAGGGGCGGCCUUUACAGACUUUCUGCAAAGAAGCUCAAGAGAUUUAUCCAAGCAUGUUAAAGUUGUGUGUGAUGGUACAGACCUGACUCCAAAGAUCCAGGAGCUGAAGUUCCAGUGUAUAGUGUUUUUAAACAUACCCAGGUACUGUGCUGGCACAAUGCCUUGGGGGAACCCUGGUGAUCACAGAGACUUUGAGCCCCAGCGUCAUGACGAUGGCUACAUUGAAGUCAUUGGGUUCACCAUGGCCUCGCUGGCUGCUCUCCAGGUGGGUGGUCACGGAGAGAGGUUGCACCAGUGCCGGGAGGUGACGCUUUUGACGUACAAGUCUAUCCCCAUGCAAGUGGAUGGCGAACCCUGUCGGUUGGCUCCCUCCCUCAUCCGGAUCUCCUUAAGGAACCAAGCCAACAUGGUGCAGAAAAGCAAGAGGAGAACGUCUAUGCCUUUGCUGAAUGAUAUCCAUAAAGUGCAGUCUGCUGACCUGAGGAGAGUCUCGGCUCCCCCUGAUUCCUUCACUGUUCCUCAUUCCAUCCCAGAUCGCCUGCGGAUCAGAGUGAACAGGAUUAAUUUACAAGAAUACGAGGGGCUACAUUAUGACAAGGAAAAACUCCGGGAAGCUUCCAUUCCCCUAGGAAUCAUAGUUGUACGAGGAGAUUGUGACUUGGAGACUUGUCGUAUGUACAUUGACCGUCUACAAGAGGACCUACAGUCAGUAACCUCUACUACACAGAGAGUUCAUUACCAGGACCAGGAAAGCUCUUUCCCCAGAGUACUUUCUGUUCAGAGGCUCUCUCCUAGAUGGUGCUUCCUAGAUGCAACUUCUGCUGAUCGUUUUUACCGCAUUGACAGAUCUCAGGAACAUUUGCACUUUGUGACAGAAAUUUCGCAGGACGAGAUUUUUAUUCUGGACCCAGAGAUGGUAAUGUCUCAGCAGGUGGGGACGCCUCCAGGAAUGCCUGAUCUGGUAGUGGAGCAGGCAACUGGAAUAUCGGAUCGGUGGAAUCCUGCAGUUCGGAAGAGGAUGCUGAGCGACAGCGGCCUUGGGAAGAUUUCUCCCCACUACGAGGUACCUGACAAACAAAAGGACGCCAGCCAGACACAUAUGCUGCAGUCACCGGUUUCUUCAGAAGAUCAAGCACUUUUACAGGCAGUCAUAUCUGGUGAUCUACUGAAGUUCAUAGAAUGUUGUAAAAAAGGAGCCAAUUUGUUAAUCCAAGGUCCUGAUCACUGCUCCUUGUUGCAUCAUGCUGCCAAGACUGGGAACGGCGAGAUUGUGAAAUACAUCCUGGAGCAUGGUCCAGCUGAAUUACUGGACAUGACAGACAGUGAAACGGGUGAGACAGCAUUACAUAAGGCAGCCUGCCAGCGCCACCGCGCCGUCUGCCAGCUCCUGGUGGAUGCGGGAGCCUCUCUGAGAAAGACAGACUCCAAGGGUAAGACCCCUCGUGACAGGGCUCAGCAAGCUGGUGAUCCGGAUCUGGCCUCCUACCUGGAGAGUCGACAAAACUAUCAAAUGGUUUCCCAUGAGGAUCUAGAGACUGCAGUCUGAUGUCUGAAAAUGUCCAAGAGGAUCCCUGGAAAUCUCGAGACUGCACCUGAGGCACUCGGGCAUUGUGUGAGGAAGAAACUGAUGGAAUCCAUGUGUCUCUCACUCUCGAGGAAAAUACCUGAGGACAUGCCACCAGUUUCUAAGGGCUACUGAGUCUUGCUGAACGGUUAUGUUCCAUAAGUUAGCCCAUGAUGGAAGAGGUGGGACACUCAAAGGUCUGUGGAAUCCAUAGGCCACAAAAAUUUACCUUUAUUGCUUCCAGCAAGUAGCAUGAACUUCUCCCAUGUUCAUCUGUACAAUUUAUUAAAGAAAGGGAAAAAAAAAGGAAAGAGUAAAGAGAGUGUGGGGGAACAAAAUCCAAACUAACUGGUACAUUAAGCCACCCAACCAAGCUCUCCUCCAUCCUUAGAGUUUCCUGCAUUGCUUUUAUUCUCCUGUUCCCCUCACUUCUCAUCAGUUAAAUAUUACCUGUUAUCUCUGUGUUGUCUUCACAAAUGGUCAGGCAGUAGCAAAAUAUUUGAGGAGCUCUGGAUGCCCUUUAGAAAUAUCCAGUGUUUUUACCAGCUACAUUCCCUCCCUUGCCAUCCUCUUGGAAGCUGUGUUGUCAGUACUCAGCCACCAUGGAGUUUCCUUGCUUUCAGAGAGGACUUAUUCCUUGUUUCCCAGGGCGUGGGGCAAGGUUAGAUUUACAGCAGUGACAAAACCCAACCUUAUCGUUGGGCAUACGGUUAUGGUAUCCUCAUGAGACAGGAAUUUGUAUGGAAAGGAGUUAUUUGGGAUUUACCAUGCUGAAUGGCAGAGCAGAAAGUCACCAGGAAGGUUUCUCAUAUCACUUUUGUGCGUGCAAUGGCUGACCCAGUUCUUCUCAGGUUUCAGGCCUGCCAAGAAGUUGAUAGCUGUUCUUUCCUCCUGAAAAGAUGGGCUUUACACUGGGGGGAGAUUUGUGCAAAACAGAGGGAAUUCUGAUGGACUGACUGACAGGCCUAGUCCCUUUUGCAGCACAGACAGAGGGAGGAAGGAGGCCUGGAACAUCAGCAGCCAGCUGGGCUCGCUGCUGCCAACAAACAAAUGGGCACUGGUCUGGUCACAUUGGGAAUGGGGAAACAUUCCUUGAAUGAACCUGAAAACAAUCUGAUUUUUCAAGGGAAAAAAGUUUUGGGAAGUCUGUCCCUGGAGAAGGCCAGGCAGCAGCUCUUUGCCUUGUUACCCACCACAGGUUUGAAAUGUAAAGCUCAGCUGCUGUGAAGGCCAGCUGUAUCUUCUGUACUCGUCUACUCUCUGUCUUAUAACCAUAAAAGAAGAGAACGCAAACAAAUACACAGGCAUAAAAAAAAUGUUUCACCUUUGGGUUUCCAAUUGCUACAGAUAUCUCAGCUGACAAAACAGCAGAACUUCUACUUUGUCAGCCCAGUGCCCAUGAAGAUGCUCAUGGCUGACUUUUGGCAUAACUCUUGCAAUACGUUUUUGAAUUUUGCUUUGUCGUUUGAUUCAAAAGAUCCACCAGUGUACGUUCUUGCACCCCUUGCUAGGGGUUGCUCUCUGAUAGAUGGUGAUCAUCGGGGUUGCAUACAGUUGGAAACCAUGGAAAUAACUCAGGUCAUUAUCCAGAUAAGUUUUUUUUCUUUGGUAGAUGUGCAGAAAAUCAAAUGAAUGCAAUUUUUUUUUUUUUUUAACCACGAGUGAUUGUUGUGGUGGGGAGAGGGGAGCUGAACAAUAUAUUUUAAUUUCUUUUUCUUCUUUUCAAAAGUUUAUUUGAUAUGGGCAAAAUAUUUCUUUAGUAUUUCUUCCUCUGGAAGGAAACUAUAUAUAUUUGUAAUCUAUAGAUAAAUGGCGACAUGAAAUGUAUUUUGUCUUAUUUUCUGUCUUUACCUUUCUCAUUUAAAAAAUAAAAUAUGAAAGCCAAAUUACUUCCCUUGAUAAUUAUCCAGGGACUUGUGGAGAACAUUUGUGUAUAUAUUAGAACAGAAUUUGGCAACCAUUAAAAUAAAAAAUCAGAAUAUAGUUUUGGUGUAUGUGAUAUUUCCACAAGGAAAGAUCCCCACACUGUGGUUUCAUGGUAGGCCUUGCUUCAUUUUCCAGCUGUGAGAAAAUACACUACUGUAAUAUUGCUAUAUAUUUGAUGAAAAUAAGAAUUAUGUUACCAUCACUUUAAUCUUUUGGUUUGCUUUACUGAUCUGAGAAAUGGAGGAAGUUUCAAUGACACAGGAGCUUGCCUCUGUCUUGUGCUGAGGCCAGGCUGAGUAUGGUCACUGAGCUUGUGACAGCUCCCUGAUCCUUUGGUCCCAUGAAGCAGGGGGAGCAGUAAAGGCUUGCUUUAAUCACAGGUAGCCUCCAGAGGCCAGACGUGGGUUAUGAUAAGGGAGCUGCUUCUGGUCCCUCUGUCCCCAGCUGUGCCUGCAGCUGUGGCUGGCUCUGGAGCAGCUUGUCAGGAUGGGCAGAUUUCCCGAGCAAUUUUGUGCCAUUUGGACUGCUCAGAGGAACUUGGAGCGCACGAGAGAGCGUGGCUUGCCUUUUUCACCGAAGGCUGGAGUACGAUGGUAUGAUCAGUGAGCCUGUUGUGUCUCUGGAAAGCUGCCUGUGCUGUGUGCUCAGUAGGAGACAGCCACUGUAUGAUAAAAAUAGCCCCCAGCACUGGAUGUAGGACAGGAACUGGCUGGAUGUAGUGCCUUUAACGUUCAAGGUGUCCCAAAGCACUGCACACGUGAUGCACUAGAUACUGGUGAUGUUUUGUAUCUGUCGGUAACAGAGCACAUCUCUUGUUUCCUACAAUGGCUCAUGCGUGGCAGGAACAUCAGAAGCUGGUUCCCAGAGGGCAGUUUGGGACCAGGAUGCUGCAGGACUAUUCCUUACCCUUUUCAAGUGUGAUGGGAUGGAGAGAGCAGGCAGACUCUGCAGCAGUUAAAGGUGACACAUAUCUAUUGAAUCUCUGCAGCACUUGGUGUCUAGAUUAGUACAGUACAACUGUGUCUGCACUGGGCAGGGCCCAAAUUCCAGUGUUCAGCUGGGAGUCCACUUAAAUUACAUGUAAAGCAUUUUGAUUUACUAAAAGCAUCUGUUCAGUGGCUGUGUCUGUUAAUGUGUGUAUAUUACUAUAUAUAUGUAUAUUUAUACGUAUCAGUAUGCAUGUAUAUAGGUGUACACGUACACAUGCAAACACACUUGAAAACUGUGCCAUUUGAAUGACAAAGUUCCUAGGGAUGCUCAGCUACUGAGAUUGCUGGACUGACAAAAUGUCAUUUUCCAUUUUAAUUUCUUAUUAAAGGGAACCUUUUUCAGUAGAACUGAGGAGCUUCUGAAUUGUUCCAUUGUACUGGUUUUACGAUCUCAUUUUGGAGUUAAAUGGAGGGAAAAAAGUAUUUAUAAUGUUGAUAAAAUAAACUUAAUUUUGUAAUUUAAUAGCAUCAGUUACUCUUAUUAUUUCAUGUUUCAAUGCUAGAGGUAUCUUUUAUGUGUUAUUCAAGGCAUGAUGGUGUCAUACAUUUUUCACUUAUUAUAGCAUAGAAUGGCAAUGGACAGGGACACCUGCACUAGACCAGGCUGCUCAGAGCUCCAUCUAAGCUGACCUGAACACUUCCAGGGAUGGUCACCCCCAACUUCUCUGGGCAUCCCUCAAUACCAUGAGAUGUGAAGCUGAGUUUUUCCUUAUGUAAAAAAGGGAUUCAGGGCAAAUUUUGCCUGUUACAAAACAGACUCCAGUGGCUCUUUCAUCAUUUCAUGUGGUGGCUUGCUUACCUGUGUUUUAGCACUUUAGGAUGUCUGUCGGUGUUUUUACUGUCACUCUUCCUUUUCCCCAGCAGCAGUAGAAUUGCUCAGUCUCAGCUCAUGGUGCUGUAGCCUGGAUUCAGUCUACAUGAGAUGUCCCCUGCUACAUGAGGACUGUCAUACAGAAGAACCACAGACAAAGAAAAUAGCACAAAAUCGAUGUUUUGUUGCCACUGAUCUUCCCAGGUGUAUUUGCUGAGCUGGUACUGUUGUGUAAGAAUAGAUGGGGCACAUAGCUUUUCUGGUGAUGUGGCUGUGGGAGGUUUGUUUCAGUAAUAUUUGAUGGCCUCUUUGUUUCGUCUUUGUCUUUGCUGUGACAGUGAAAUGCAUGUUAGUGAAAGUUUCUAACACAAAUUCAUCUAGAAGGUAGCUAUUUUCCUUUCAGCCAUCCCAGAUACCUUCUGUGGGACAUACUUAUGUGUUGACCCUUCCAGGAUGACAAAAGCAUGCUGACAUGACCUGUCUCUGGGUAUGAAAUGGACAAGAUACAUUGAUAGCUUCAAUUUUUCUGGGAGCAUAAUGGUCUCAAGAAACGUAUGGUCAUGCUGGAAAUUUGAAUGCCUUGAAAAAACCCCAAGGAAAUUCUGUCCUUGCACUCUAUGUACUACAAGAAAAAAACAGUUCUUGUGUUGAUCCAUUUGAGGUGUGUCAUUUUCCUUCUCCCACUUUUUGCUUCUUUUGCACCAAACAAGCAUCUCUAUAGAGAAGUAUUUUAUAAGACUUGUUUUUAAGCUUGCUAAAAGUAACAUAUUGACCUCCAUUUUACCUAUUCAUUUCCAUUCAUAAGAUAUUCUUUCCUCUCUUUAUUUUCCUCAGUGAAUCUGAGCCAAAGUGACACUGUGUUAUUAGCUUCCUAAUUAAUCUAAAGCACCAAAUGUAUCUUUGGACAUUUCAGCAGCCCUGGAAACAGCUUAUAUUCCUGUGCCUUUCUGGAUGCACAGGACACAGUAUUUGAGUGCUCACUGUGGUACUCAUCUUCUCACUUUGCUUUCUUAACAACUACUUUUCUUUGCAAUGGAUUGCUACAGCCUUAAAUUCCAUGAUCUGCCUGCCAAAAUCUGUUGAUUGCAACAGCAACUCAGUAAUGUGCUGCAAGUGACUCCAAGUGACCGUAGCAAGUGACCAUGGUUUGUUCCAGGUUCUGCCAUGGCACUGGGAUUCCCUGGAGUGCCUGUCUGAGCUCCCCUGCAGGUUCCAGAGCUCAGGAGCUUCCCCUCCCCGGUGUGUUCCCAGCACUGCUGCCCGUGGUGCUGCCCACAGAGAGUGAUGUUCUCUCAUCGCCUGUACGUGUGCACUGGAGCAACACCCCCCACCUUGGCCAAGGAAUUUCCUGGCCCACGUGUGGUGCCAUUUGUGCAAAAGGGGAAAAUUCCCUCCCUCGGGCCUUGAUCACACCAGUAAAUUCAUUAUAUUUGACUUCAGUGAUUAGGCAGGCUUAGAGCUGAAUAACCUUACUGUAUUCAGCCAUCAGAGUGCAUCUUGUCUCCUGCCUUAUUUAUAAGGUGCCACAUUCCAGUCUCAGCUGCAGUUUCUUGUUUCCCUGACUGAUUUAAAAAAAAAAAACAACAAAACACAACAAAAAAAACCAAACCAAAAGACAAAAACCCAAUCCCUCCUAUGCAGUACACAUGUAUCUAGUUAGCAUGAGGGUGGGAAAGACAGACAGAUCAUUAUAAAAUCCCCUCAUUCUGAUAUAGCACAUCAUGACUUCUAAAGUCUGAGCAAGGGGAUGCCUUGCAACAAAAACAUUUGUUUCAAUAUUAACACAUCUAUAUUUCGGGAAAUAAUUAGAUGCUAAACCCUGUUAAAACAGUGAGCUUACGCUUUUCAGUCUCCUAUGUGUCAGAGAUUUGUGGAAUCUAAGGAGGCAGUGAUUCUCUUGACAGGCACAUAAAGGUAGGUGAAUGUCCAAAAAAAGAAAAAAACCCCACUUUCUUCAAAAAUUUCUUUCUAUUUUGCUGACCUCAUCCACUAGAACCAGAACCCUGAUUUGGGAAUGCUAUUUCAGAGUUCACCAACAUUUUAACAGCCUCAGAAUUCAUAUGCAAAAUGUAUAGAAGCUGUAGCAUUUUGAAAUGCAAGAAACAAAGCACUAUUUCUUUGAGCAAUAAUAUACUGCAUAUGUAAUUGCUUCAUCUCUUGCCAACCUCCUUUUGCUGGUGAAGUGCCACACCUGGCUCUUCAAUUAGUCCCUGUCUGGGAGGCUGCUUGAUGUGUAACCCAGCACUCAGUGAAGUGUGCACUGUGGCAAUCCAAUGUCAAAGUGCUGCUGCAAUUAGCUAACUACUAGUGCAUGAACCACAUGCAAUUCAUUUCUUAGUGUUGCACUUCAUUCUAAUGAGAAAAAUGGCCUUCUGAUUCCAGCUACCUUAGUGAUCUUCAAUUUCCACUCUUUUCCUCAACCUGUGGCCAAGAAGAGGUAGAAGGUAAUCUCUGUUCCUACAGAAUCCAAAUGCUGUCUAGGAACUGUACAAAUCAGUUAGGUUUGUCAGUAUGAAGAAGAAGCUCAAGAAGCUCUUGAGUCUGAUUUAGCAGACAUGAGUGAUUUCUACUUGGCUAAUUAGGCUUUAAUAAGUGGUCCCACUUUUCUAGGGCUGCUUUUCCUGUGUGACAUUCAUAUAAAAAAAUGAAAGAUGCCAAAAUUAGAAACUUAAAGUUGAGCUGGCCCCUGGGAAUGGGGAAUUCUACAGAAUGGCUUCCACAUGUAUUGCUCUUUUCUAGAGAGGGAGUUGCAAUGCUACUUCUUGCUACUUACUUACUUACUGUAAUGAGUAAUGAUAUAUCGUAAUUGGAUAUCUCUAAUUGUAAUAGUGAGGUGGGUGCUCACUGUGUCCAAUAUUUAUGUCACCCAGAUGCAAAGGUAUUUCUGUCCCUACAGAGAUCACCACACAGUCUGGAGGGGGACACCCUUCUGUUUUCAAAGCUUUGUGAGGAAAGACAUGUGCCCUAAGGUGUGCAAGGACAUCUCUCCCCGCUCCUUAGCCAUGCUGGAGGUUUUGCUUCCAAAUGAAUGCAGGCAAUGCCACAUCAAAAUAAACGUUUGCUGUAGGUCACAAAGUGAUAGCUGUCUUUCUUCUCCUAUCCCCAGCUUCAGCCCUUUUCCAGGACCAUUUUUUCCCUUCAUCAGAAUGGGAAAUCUGUUGAUGACUGGGAAGUCUGUUGAUGUGUCUGUCUUAAUAGAAGAUGGGUGCAGUUGUGGCUGUUGUCUGUGAUCUUGCUGCUGUUGUAAUACUCACCUUAUUUGCAUGGCAUAGGGGAGGAGUACAUUCAUGUCAAAGCUAAGGAAAAAAGUGAUCGUGCUGGCAGCUAAUGAUGGGAAGGAAAUAGAACAUAAUAUUAUUUAGAUUCAAUUUUAAAUAUUCUUCAGUGGUCUUUGCUUUUCCUUCCUUUCCCCUCCCUUUUAGAGUUUCUGUAUUGAAGUAUUUAAUCUUUCAUCACCUCUUCUUUCCUUACUUCAUUCUACCUUCAUUUUUUUCACUGGAAAGGUCAAUAUCCUGCUCAUGUGCUUACCCCUGGGACACUUCUGCUUGACCAGUCACAGAUGGUUGGAUCUCUCUGACCAUGUACAGAUAUGGGCAGGGAAUGUUGAAAUUCUGUGUACUAGGAAUGAGUUGGAUGUGCAAUACUAAAGGCUCCUCUGAGGGCAGUUGUAAUGCCUGAGUUGUAAUCUCAGGAUUAAACAGAUGGGAAGUAUGAUGGACUUGGGAUUUUCAUGCCUGUGGGCUUGAUUUCAGCCUUUCCAGUCUUAGUUUUAAUAUCAAUAAAAAUUCUUAUGUAUAUA